CGAGUGACGUUUCGCAAUCCGGGGGCGACGGAAAUGAUGCAUGAGAAAUGCGACACCCUGUCAGGCCGUGCUUUGCUGCCGGCGCGGUUUGCGGGACGAGUCGCGGAGAAGCCAUGGAGGACCGCGAGUUAAUUGAAUACUUUAAGUCUCAAAUGAAAGGAGAUCCUAACAUGGCCUCAGCGGUGGCUGCCAUCCAGACUCUGCUGGAGUUCUUGAAGAGAGAUAAAGGAGAGACAAUCCAGGGCCUGAGAGCAAAUCUCACCAAUGCUAUAGAAACCCUAUGUGGUGUGGACUCCUCAGUGGCUGUGUCCUCCGGCGGGGAGCUCUUCCUUCGCUUCAUCAGCCUCACCUCCCUGGAGUACUCUGACUACUCCAAAUGUAAAAAGAUCAUGAUUGAGAGAGGAGAGCUUUUCCUAAGAAGAAUAUCCCUGUCGAGAGAUAAAAUUGCCAAUCUGUGCCAUACUUUUAUCAAAGAUGGGGCGAGAAUUUUGACUCAUGCCUACUCCAGAGUUGUCUUGAGGGUCCUGGAACAAGCCGUGACAGCCAAGAAACGGUUCAGUGUGUAUAUCACAGAGUCGCAGCCUGAUUUAUCUGGUAAGAAAAUGGCCAAAGCCCUCUGCCACCUCAAUGUCCCUGUCACUGUGGUGCUGGAUGCUGCUGUUGGCUACAUCAUGGAGAAAGCAGAUCUUGUCAUAGUUGGUGCUGAAGGCGUGGUAGAGAAUGGAGGAAUUAUAAACAAGAUUGGAACCAACCAGAUGGCCGUGUGUGCCAAAGCCCAGAACAAGCCCUUCUAUGUGGUUGCAGAAAGUUUCAAGUUUGUACGGCUCUUUCCACUCAACCAGCAAGACGUCCCAGAUAAGUUUAAGUACAAGGCUGACACUCUGAAGUCUGUGCAGACUGGGCAGGAUCUCAAAGAGGAACACCCAUGGGUGGACUACACCUCCCCAUCCCUCAUCACCCUGCUGUUUACAGACCUGGGUGUGUUGACACCAUCUGCAGUCAGCGAUGAGCUCAUCAAGCUGUACCUGUGAGCAGAGUCCCUCCUGCCAACAUGCAGGAAGCACGCGUUGGCAGGAUGAGCAGCCUCUCCACUCCAGCCAGCCAGAGCCCAAAACUUUCAGAUCUGUAUGCUAAGGGCUCAUAUUGUAAGUCCUGAAGAAGCCUUUGACUUUUCCUCUGUCACAUCUGAAGCCUGUUCCCAGUUCUAGGACCAAGCUGAAGCAUCCUUAUGGUUUUCAGAAACUCAAGUCUCUGGAAGCACUAGUUAAGAUUACUGGCCGCAAGCCUGAGGAAAGACGGCACAUGAGCAGAGACCCCCUUCUCAUACCGCACUCUGACGGCUGAGUACAAACCUUAUGGUGCUUCACAAGACAGCAAACACUGGCUGACUACAUCUGGCUUUGGGGCUCCCUCCCCUCAGCAGGAUCAAGGCAGACAGGAGAAAUACCAAGGCAGGAGCCAUUCAUGUGGCACUGUUCAUAGAAUGUUGUCUAUAAAAAAAUGUGAGUUUACUUUAAACAUGUUUAAAACCAAAACAGCUUUUUUAAGUUAAAUAUGGAAACAAAUCAGGAUCUUUUCAAAUAAAUUAUGUGAAUAAUUUAGAUAUUGCCUCAUAUAAGCUAGCACAGACCAGAAACAGUGUGAGUAUAAAAGAACACCAGAGCCUGUUCUAAAAUGCUCUCAACCCCAAUCUGGGUGUUGUGGCACCGGCCUGUGGCCUCAGAACAUGGGAGGCUAAAGCAGGAGGAUCAUUCUAAAAUCAUUCUAGACUACAUAGUUUGGGUUCCAUUCCUGUGUGGAGGCACCAUGACCAAGACAACUCUUAUAAAGGCAAACAUUAAACUGGGGCUGGCGUACAGUUCCAGAAAUUUAGUCCAUCAUCAUCAUGGUGGGAAGCAUGGCAGUGUGCAGGCAGAUGGUGGGGCUCUCAUCAUGGUCCAAAAGCAGCCAGGAGGCUUUCUUCCUACGCUGGGUGGAGCUUGAGCCUGGGAGACCUCAAAGCCUGCCCAUACCAUGACACACUUCCUACAAGGCCACAUCUGAUAGUGCCACUUCCUAUGGACCAAGCAUAUGCAAUUCACUACAGUAGUGUGGCCCCUAUUGCAAUGAAAAAAACCUGCAUACAGGCCCCUCUGCAUCUAUGGGUGCUCUAGGUGGGGCUGCAAAGGAUAUGCAGCAUUUGUGGGGACAGGAGGGUAUACUUCAUUAUUGUUUUAAAAGGAGUGGGAAUUUGUAAUAAAGUACAAAAAG